AUGGGUAGAACUCCUUGCUGCUCUGAACACUCUAGACUUAACCGUGGGGCUUGGACUGCCCAGGAGGAUUAUAUUUUGGCCCAAUACAUCAAAAUUCAUGGAGAGGGUGGAUGGAGAUCCAUUCCCAAAAAAGCAGGUCUGAAGCGAUGCGGAAAGGGUUGCAGACUCCGUUGGGUGAAUUAUCUUCGUCCUGAUGUUAAGCGGGGAAACAUUUCAGCCGAGGAGGAUGAACUCAUCAUUAGAUUGCAUGGACUCCUCGGCAACAGAUGGACUCUGAUAGCAGGACGGCUGCCGGGUCGAACGGACAAUGAGAUCAAGAAUUACUGGAACAGUCAUCUCAGCAAAAAGACCCAGCCAAGGGAAGAAACAUUUUCCAAUUCAAAAACUAAACCUAAAUCUGCAAAUCCAGCAAGUCAUCCUGAGUGGAAAUCAAUCCCCGUUAAAACAAAAGCGGUAAGAAUUGUAAACGGGCCUAAGGGAUAUGGUAGCAGUGGAAUGGGAAAUCAUGCAGAGAUGAAUUCCACUUAUAGUCCAGACAUUAUAAAGAUCUCGGAAUCGUGGUGUCAGUCAUUGGUGGAGGAGUACAUGAAAGAGGAUGACUCUAAAAGCGUUGAGUUUAAUCUUGUCGAAUCGGGAUUUCCUUCUCCCUGCUACUCUGUACAAGAUUUCUAUGGCAAUGAAUUGGAAGAAGCUGAUUCUUUUCUAGAGAGAAAUGUGCAACAAGAGAAGAAUUUUAUGGAAGAAAUGGAGAUUAAAGUUAUUAGGGAGGAAAAUUAUGGGAUACCUGAAUCGCUACAUUUGCAGAAAUUAAAGAUACAGUGGUUGAGUACGGUACUGUUGGAAUCGGAGGAAUAA